GGGAGGGAACCGACUAGGACAGAGGGAGGCAGGCAGAGUAGAAGGGUGAUGUCACCUCUAACAGGCAGCCAAUGAGAGUCAGGGAGGGUGGAGAGAGAGCGGCCGAAGGAGGGUGUGUUUUUCUAUCACUGCAGCAUCAGCAGAGAGGAGAGGGGCACAAUCAAUUUCACAGAGCAGAAGAAGAAAAGGCACAAGUAGAUAAGGAAGAGAGGGGGAAAGGACGCAAGGAGUUGCCAGAGGAAAGGAGCACCACUGUGGAGAGAGGAAACCAGCAGGAGGGCGUGGACCUUCCUUAAACAAGGAGACAGGGGAAAAAAAAAAAAAAAAACAGGAGAGAAGACAAGAGGGACCAAAGGCGUACGAGGCAAAGCUGACGCCUCCUGGAAGCGAAACAUAGCCUCACACUUGCUCAGCACGAGUGUGUGUGUGUGAGGUUGCCCUCUGUGUGCAUUUUACUGUACGUGCGUGUGAGCAGGUGGGACUUUGAUGGGACAGUGAGCAAUGCCUCACACGCAGCGACAGCAGGUUGGCAGUAGGGGGCAGUGCUCCUCCCGCCUCCUCCCCUUCCUCCUCCUCCUAUCCCUUGCUGCCCGGCCCAGCCAUGCAGCCAUACACAUACCCUCCAACUACCACAUAAGUGAUCUCAAGAGGCCUCCAAUGAUCACCACGCAGCCGGAGUCUGUCACCGUCUUUAGUGUUGAAGACCUCGUCAUGAGCUGUGAAGCCUCCGGCAACCCUCCACCCAUUUUCCGAUGGACAAAGGACGGAGAGGAGUUUGAACCAGGCAGCGACCCAGAGCUGAAGGUUUCCGAGUACACUGGCUCAUUCGCAUUCUACACGCUCAGUAAUACUAUGGACACCAUGAAGCAGUACCAAGGCAAAUAUGUCUGUUACGCAUCCAACGAGCUGGGGACUGCCGUCUCUAAUGAGGCCAUACUCAGCACUGAUGUUCCCCCGACCCAGCAGAAAGAAAAGAAGGUUAAUGUGAAGUCGGAAAAGGGAAGCAGUAUUGUUCUGAAGUGCAACCCCCCGCAGAGCUCUAUGGAGCCUAUCAUUCACUGGAUGGAUUGGAGGCUGCACCAUAUCCAGCUUAGUAAGCGCGUGGUGGUGGGUAAGGAUGGCAACCUAUACUUUGCCCAUUUGACAACUGAGGACAGCAGGGAGGAUUACACCUGCAACGUCCAGUACCUGGCAACACGCACCAUUCUGGCAAAAGAACCUAUCACUCUGACUGUCACCCCCUCCAACUCAGUAGUACGGAGCAAGAGGCCCCAGAUGAUGAGACCUACUGGAAGCCAUAGCGUUUACCACACCCUGAGGGGCGACACCGUGGAGCUUGAGUGCAUCGUCCAAGGCCUUCCAACUCCAGAUGUGUCGUGGCUGAGGAAGGACGGCGAAAUGUCCGAAUCUCGAACUAUGAGAGAUAUGUUCGACCGCCGCCUGCGUUUUAGUAAUAUCUCAGAGAGCGACGCGGGCGAGUACCAGUGUAGAGCAAACAACUCCCAAGGAAAGCUCACGCACACUUACACCGUGAUUGUGGAAGCUGCUCCUUACUGGACCAAGGAGCCAGUCAGUCAGUUAUAUGCCCCAGGUGAGACUGUCAGACUAGACUGCCAGGCGGACGGCAUCCCCACUCCCACCAUCAGCUGGACCAUCAAUGGAAUCCCCCUCUCAGAAAUAGAUAAGGACUCUAGACCUACUCUGACAGCAAGCGGAUCUCUAAUCCUAAAUGACGUCAACUUUGGAGACACCGCCAUAUACCAGUGUCGGGCCUCCAACAAGCAUGGAACCAUCCUCACCAACACCAACGUUUACGUCAUCGAGCUUCCUCCACAGAUCCUUACUGAGGACAGGACCUUAUACACAUUGACAGAGGGCCAGAAGGCUUUGCUGGAGUGUGAGACCUUUGGUUCUCCUAAACCUAAAGUCACAUGGGAGAGUGUCAGCACCUCCUCCCUUCUGGCAGAUCCUAGAGUUAAUCCACUCACCAGCGGGGGGCUUGAGAUUUUUAAUGUCACCCAUGAUGAUGAGGGCUACUACACCUGCACUGUACAGAACACCAACUUGUCAGUCAGUGCAGAACUGGAAGUACUCAACAGCACAGUGAUCCUGUCGCCACCCCAGGCUCUGAAGGUGCAGCCUGGAAACACAGCCAUCUUCACCUGUCUGGCCCAAGUUGACCCCAAACUCGGCUAUCCACUCCUUCAGUGGAGAAAGAACAAUCAGAAGCUGUUUGAGUCCGAUAGUGACGAAAAAUUCACAUUUGAAGGACCAGACCUAAUAAUAGCUAAUGUAGGACCGGAAGAUGAGGGCGUGUACACCUGUCAGGUCAUCACUAAGCUGGACAUGGCUGAAGCCAGGGGCACCCUCACUUUAUAUGAUCGUCCAGACCCUCCCCUCCUCCUGCAGAUCACUGAUGCUAAGAAUCGUGCCGUCACCCUCAACUGGACUCCUGGAGACGACAACAACAGCCCUGUGCUAGAAUAUGUGGUUGAGUUUGAGGACCAAGGUUCGAAGGAAAGAGGUUGGGAGGAGCUGAAAAGAGUACGAGGGGGCGAAGAGCGUGCAAGCCUCCCCCUGUGGCCCUACAUGUCCUACCGUUUCCGGGUCAUUGCCAUCAAUGAUGUGGGCAAGAGCGACCCCAGCAAGCCAUCUGAAAUCCACAACACACCUGCUGAAGUUCCAGACAAUAACCCUGAAGAUGUCAGGAGUGAGUCCACAGACCUAGACACUCUGGUCAUCACCUGGGAGGCAAUGGACAAACGCAACUUCAAUGGACCUGACUUCAAGUACAUGGUGCUGUGGAGGCGAGCGGUGGGCAGCGGUCCCAACUGGCACAUCAACUACACAACGGCACCACCAUUCACUGUCAGUGACGUUGGCAACUUCUCUGCAUUUGAGAUCAAAGUUCAGGCUGUCAAUGAGAUGGGACAGGGACCCGAGCCGGACCCGGUCAUUGGCUACUCAGGAGAAGAUGUUCCAUUGGAGGCUCCGAUGGAUGUGGGUGUUGUACUAAUGAACAGCACUACCAUCAAAGUGACCUGGGCAGCAGUAGACAGAGAGACGGUCAGAGGACACCUGCUGGGAUACAAGAUCUACUUGACCAGAACUGGCUCCAGGGGCCAUCACAGAGGCCGGAGGGCCAAGGAGUUAGAAAGCACUGUGGUGGAGGAGACUGGGGCUAACGAGGAGAAGAAGGUGAUCAGUGAUCUCAGACCGUACUCCCACUACACCGUGGCCGUCACCGUGUUCAACAGCAAGGGAGAGGGACCUGCCUCGGAGACACUGUCCUUCAAGACCGAUGAGGGAGUUCCUGGUCCUCCCAUGUCCCUGAUGUUGGACAGCCCCUCAGAGUCAGAAAUGACCCUCCACUGGACGCCUCCUGGCCAGCCCAAUGGAGUCCUCAUUGGCUAUCUGCUGCAAUACCAACGGAUUGUGGAGAGUGAUGACAGCCCCAUGCAGGUAGAGACAAUAGACGAUCCCACAGUCACCCACCUCACCCUGAAGAGCCUGGACCGCCACAGCCACUACCGCUUCUACCUGAGGGGGCGCACUGCUGCAGGGGACGGGGAGCCCAUCAUGAGGGAGGGUGCCACCACGCUGGAUGGAGCGCCUCCUGCUAACAUCAACCUGUCCGUGGGGGAAAACGCGGUUAACCUCAGUUGGGUGGUCAAAAAGAGACACAGGAAUGUUAGCUUCCAGAUCCACUACAUCAACAAGAAUGGUGGCAGCGAUUGGAAGAAAUCGGAGAAGGUGAACUCCUCUCAGUCUUUCUACCAGCUCCAGGGCCUCACUCCUGGCUCUCAAUAUCGUCUACUCUUCAUCUACAGCAACACCACCUUCUGGGACACUGACAUUGAGACAGAAGGAACAGGCGUGACAGAGGUGAAGCCAAGCUUUGCAACACAGGGCUGGUUCAUUGGCGUCGUGAGCGCCAUCGUGCUGCUGCUGCUGAUACUACUCAUCCUCUGCUUCAUCAAGAGGAGUAAAGGGGGAAAGUACUCAGUGAAAGAUAAAGAAGAGGGUCCGAUGGACUCGGAGGCACGGCCUAUGAAAGAUGAGACUUUUGGAGAGUACAGAUCUCUAGAAAGUGAUCUUGAGGAGAAACACACGGCCAGCCAGGCGUCCCUGUGCGAGGAGAGCAAGCUGUGCAGCGAGGACAACCUUGACUUCAACGGCAGCAGUGCCAUGACCACGGAGCUCAACAUGGAUGAGUCUCUGGUCAGCCAGCUCAGUCGGCCCAGCGAGGGCCCGGAGGUGCUCCACGGCCUGCCAGACAGCUCUCCGCUCAACCCCACCACCGUCUCCUCAGCCACUAACGGCAUGCCCAACUCAGUCACCAUCCUCGAUUAACCCCCCCACACCCAUCCAUCGGGGACCAUCAGACCAAAACAUGUCAACACAUUCGUGCCCAUAUGCUCUUGUUCCUUACUGACUUGCUGAUCUGUACUUUGACGACUAAUACACAAUCAAUAUAUUGACCAUCCAGAUGCCCUUGGCAGUCAUCUGAGUCGACUGGACUAUUUUGACCAAAGGAGUGUCCAAAGUAGUGGACAACAUGAUACAAGUCUGACUGACCUGAAGAUGUCCUCUGACCCCCUCACCCUCCUUUAUCUGUGUAGUUUACAACAAAUCUAAACGACUAACAUUCAUUUCUCUCCCUUUCUUCUCUUUCUCUUUCUCUCAGCAACCAAUUCUUUAGAAAGAUAAAGACAGAAUACUGGACAGGUAGAAAUAUCAGAGGGGCUGUUGGCGUGGUCCUAUCGAGACGCAGAGUAGUACUCUGAAAGGGGAAGAUGAAGCGUGGGGAAACAGACAGCACAUGCUGCUGUACCAAGUCUCAUAACGUAGAUAUUAAUCAUGUCUUGACUUAUUUCACACAUGAUUUUGUGUGUCUAACGUCAUUUGAUGUCUCAGAUUGUAUGUGCCAGUGACAUUUUUUUACAUUUUUAUUUUUUUAUGUGUUUGAAAACAAAAACAAAAAAAAAACAUCCUUUUUCAUUGUCGGACAUUUUUAUUUUUAUCAUCAUUUUUUCAUAUUGUGUUCUACACUAUUUAUAUAAAGCUCAUGACUUCUCUUUAUUGACAUAUUUCAUAGAUCAAGAUGUUUUCAUUGAAACUAAGUGAAGCCAAGUUUCUUACUAUAAAUAACAUUGGAUGCAUUAAGGGGAACUUGCUGUGAAGAUGCUGAGUAGCAUCUGGUGUAUAUAGCUGCAUCUACAUCUAUCUAUUUAGCCAUAAUACAGUAUUAUAGAUAUGUACAUGCUCCUUAUAUGUUCCUGUGCCUGCUGGGUCUGCAUAGAGCACCAGAUUGAUGUCAUUACUCUCUCGCCUUCCCACCAGAAGUGUAAUGUCAUAAUUGGAAAUGAUAUUGUAAUUUUUUGUGUCGAGACCUAUGUGUAGCUUUCUGUAUCUGUCUUUGUCUCUUUCUACACUGUAUUAAAAACAUUGUUGUCUCUAAUUAACAAUCUUUUCAUACCUGUUCAUCUCAUACUACGCAAAUUGUUUGAGGAGCAGUAUUUAUGUAUAUUACAGAUUAGAGAGUGGAGUCUUGUGGGCAAACACUCUCUCAAGUUUUAUUUUCAGACCUUCAUCAAUGCAAGCUGACAUUGCAGACAGGCGUAAUGAUUGCCAGUUGAUGUAUAAUAAAGGCAAACAGUUGGUAUUUGCAUCAAACGCGGAGAAUGUAUUUUCUUUUUAGUGCUGGGUAGACAUUUUAUCUACAUGCUACUGAUAAAAGAAAUCUGAGCUACAAGGUACAGGAGAGAGAAGAAUGGUAAUGAGAUGACCUGGAAGGACAGUUUUUUUUCCCCACUGAAUGUAAAUACAACCCUUAAAGAUUGUUUUGAUGAACCCCACCAUGUUUGAUAAAAAAUGUGAAAAAUGUGCAGGUUUAAAAUCACUUAAUUUUAAAAUGUUGCAAGCUGUACCUUUUCUUCUUUGUACUAUUGCUAUGAAUUCAAACUUUCCAUUUUUGACUAAUGACUGCAGUAAGAUUUGGCAGAUUUAGCAAAACUAGCUCAUAGUUGAGGAAAGAAAAAAAGUUAAAAAAAGUAAAAAAAAUCCUACAUUGUUCUGUAGAUGUUUACAAACAUUUCAAAAUUUGAAAAUCAAAAAAUUGUACAUUAGUGUCAUUUAGUGAUAGUAGUACUUACAUUACGAUGAAAGCUAAGAUUGCAUUCAUGCCCAUAAUCAUCCAGCAAUGCAUUGCAGUGCAGUGAAUAUCUGUGGCGUUUUUGUCUGAUGCAGUUGUUUGAAGCAGGGAUGCAGCAAGCCAGUUUGUGCACACCACAGGGAGCAUCUAUAUGCAAUGCUGCUGUCUCAGUUCUCCCUACACAAAUAAAAGCUUGACACUGUCCAAACAUCACCUGACAGCCCCUGAGGUAAAGAAUAUGGGAUGUCUAAAAUGGCUAGUGGCACUGAAGGAGGUGUGUGUAAGCUCCCUGUUGUUGGUUAUACAGACACACUCAGGACAAAUAAAGCUUUUAAAAAAAUCUAUUUUCAUACAGGAGCAAUGAAUGACACAAAAUAUGCCAAUAUUCUAACUUGACUAUCUGCUGCUAAACAUCUGUGUUUGUCAGUGUUCGGGGCAAAUGUUAGCUUUGAAUGAGGAAUGAGUGUACACACACAGAUACUCACUCGACUGCCACUCACUCUUUGCUUUUCAUGUGUCGAGGGGAAAGCCAGGGAUGCUGGCAUUUGCUUUUCCACCAUUGUUUUCCUCCCUUUUUAUAGUUAAAAGAUAAAACCCUUUCAAAAAGUGAAUUGGUUCAUUUAGAAAAGCCUCUUCAUAACUCAGAAAAGGCAGACAGACAGACUUUAAACAACAAUGCCUGAGAGGGGAGGGGAGGGGAGGGGCUCGGCGCGUGUGUCCCUGUUGGGGUGGAGAUGUGCCUCUAUGUGGUGUGUGGGGUGCACAAUUAGCGUAAUGGGACUGAUGGUAUCUAUAUGUAUCUUGGGUGAACGUCAGGAGUUGGGUGGACUUGUACCAUGGGGCCAAUAUAACUGUAACUGCAUUAUGAAUCUACCACUGUAACUGGAUAUAUGACUGAAAAAUAAAGUACAUGGAACAAUCUGUACCAAAAAA